AUGUGGCUGCUGUUGACAGUAACAAGUGUGAUAUCUGCAUUUGGAGGCACACAUAGCUCCUCUAGAAAACUGACUCCUGAGAGCCUUGAAGCAAACAUGAAUAUUAAUCUGAUGAUAAAUUUCUGGGGAUAUCCAAGUGAAGAAUAUCAAGUUAUAACUAGAGAUGGCUACAUUCUGGAAGUCUUCAGAAUUCCUUAUGGGAAAAAACAUUCAGAGAAUUUAGGCAAGAGACCUGUGGUGUUUUUGCAGCAUGGUUUGCUUACAUCAGCCACAAACUGGACGGCAAAUCUGCCAAACAACAGCCUGGCCUUCAUUUUGGCAGACGCUGGUUAUGAUGUGUGGCUGGGGAACAGCCGCGGGAAUCCAUGGUCCAGGAGAAAUUUAUAUUAUUCACCCAACUCAGUUGAAUUCUGGGCUUUCAGCUUUGAUGAAAUGGCUAAAUAUGACCUUCCAGCCACAAUAGACUUCAUUGUACAGAAAACUGGGCAAGAGAAGUUGCACUAUGUUGGUUAUUCUCAGGGCACCACUAUUGGUUUUAUUGCCUUUUCUACCAAUCCCACACUGGCUAAUAGAAUCAAGACAUUUUAUGCAUUAGCUCCAGUUGCUACUCUCACAUAUGCACAAAGCCCUUUGAAAGAACUUUCACGUAUUCCUGGGUAUCUUUUAAAGAUUAUAUUUGGUGACAAAAUGUUCAUGCCACACACCUUCUUUGAUCGAAUUCCCGGUACAGAAGUGUGUUCUCGGGAGCUGAUGGAUCGUCUCUGCAGCAACGCUUUAUUCAUUAUGUGUGGGUUUGACAGAAAGAACUUGAAUGUGAGUCCUUUUGAUGAGUACCCAGGUGAUAAUCCAGCAGGAACAUCUGUUCAAAACAUCCUCCACUGGACCCAGGUUGCUAGAGCUGGGAGACUUCAAGCCUUUAAUUGGGGAAGCCCAUUCCAGAAUCAGUUACACUACAAUCAGAGAACACCUCCUGAUUAUGACGUGUCAGCUAUGACUGUACCAAUUGCAGUGUGGAAUGGUGGCCACGACAUCCUGGCUGAUCCCCGAGAUGUUAGCAUGCUGCUUCCCAAACUCCAAAACCUCAUUUACCAUAAGGAGGUUCCCCGUUACAAGCAUCUGGACUUUCUCAGGGCCAUGAAUGCUCCUCAAGAGGUUUACAAUGAGAUCGUUUCCAUGAUGGCAAAAGAUCAAAAGAAUUAG